UAUCUUCUCACUUCUCAAAGCACAGAAGUAGCAUAGUUUUAGAGAUUGUGUGUAUGUAGUUGGGUUCCAGUACAAAAUCCAAGUGGAUGAGCAGCUGAGGAGCUCAAAGAGUUAGUAAAGACACCAGAAGAAGAACUACCAGAAAGUAACAAUGCUUCUUCUCUCUCCCUCUCCUUCUCUCUCCACACCCACCCACCCUUUUCUUGUUAAACACAACCUCUGCUCCAGAGACCUGACCAGAACUAUGCUAAAGCACAAGAAAUGUAGAAUACGUGACAAAUUCCAACCAUGUGCAUUUGCUACUUCAGAACCCACUUCCCAAAAUGGGUUUUGCAGAAGGGAUUUGGUGCUCUUCGGCCUAUCUUCCUCAUUCUCUUUAAUCUUUCCAACUUUAGGUUCUCUUGCCGGGGAAGAGUUGAAAAUGGCUCCACUAGUUGAUGAAAUAAAUUCCUAUUCUUAUUUGUACCCAGUGGAGUUGCCAUCCAAGAAGUUCCUCUUCAAAUGGGUGGAAUCUAGGAAACCAGAACGCUACUCGUCGGCUGCACCACUGUCCCCCGAUGCACGCCUACGCAUUGUAUCAGAGCGUGUUGACAUUAUCGAUAACCUCAUCAUAUCUGUCUCGAUAGGUCCCCCGAAUUCACAGUUUCUAAAGACAAAGGACAAGAAGACAUGGAUUGCGAAAGAUGUUGCUGAUUCUGUUUUGUCUGACAAGUCUGCCUUGAGAGUCACCUCAAGUCAGCGCAUGGCUGAGAGUUCAGUUCUUGAUGCACAUUCUAGUGAAAUUGAUGGGGAGCCAUACUGGUUUUAUGAAUACCUUGUUCGCAAAUCACCUACAAAAACUGCUCAAGGAUCAAACCUUUAUCGACACUAUGUUGCUUCAACAGCCGAACGAGAUGGUUACUUGUACUCUCUAAAUGCUUCAACCCUUAACAAGCAGUGGGACAAGAUGGGGCCUUUCUUGGAGAAAACCGUGGCUUCUUUUCGCCUCAUUCCUCCCACAGAAUACUAUGUCCCUCCAUAUAAGGAUCCAUGGAGAUUUUGGUGAACCAUUUUAUUUUUCUUUUUUUGUCUUUAAUUUAUUCUUAAUAAUAGGGCAAAAACCAAAAAUUUUGACAAUCAAGUGUUAUUCUUUUAUAAAGAAACUUUUAAACUGAAAACAUUGUAGCAAAUAAUUUUAAAUGCCAGCUGAUUUUUUGAGGCUAAAA